GCUCACUAUUUCCUGAGCCUCACCUGGCCAGACACAGUGAUGAGGGACUGGAGUAAAGGGUGCAUUUCAGGCCAGUAAUUCAGGAUGCUCUGUAGCCUUAACCCGUGCCCUCAGUCCCCAGUUAGGAGCUCAGGGAGCACUGAGUGGAAUUAAGCUGUAACUGCCUUAACUGCCUGAGCUACCUUAAGACAGAGCCCACCCUCCUGCAGCAGCCAAUAGAAAAGCAGUGGCGGGAGCCUGGUAGGUGGCUUGUUUUCCUUUGAUUCAGGCCCCAAGCCAGGACCUUGGAGUGCCAGCUUGGAUCUCCCCCUGCAGCCCCCCGCUGAGCUGAAAUCCUCUUUGGUUAUGGCGAGGCUGCUCCGUGUCCUAGGCGGCUGGAGGAGCUACUGUUCAAAGAGGCAGCAGGAGCGAGUCAGUGAUGAUUUUGUGGAGACACUGAAGGCGGUGGUGGGGGAACCCAAUGUGUCUAUAGCUGCUGCGGUGCGUGAGCAGCACGGUCAUGAUGAAUCUAUGCACAGGUGCAGCCCCCCAGAUGCAGUUGUGUGGCCCCAGAAUGUGGAGCAGGUCAGCCAGCUGGCAGCCUUGUGCUAUGAUCACAGCAUCCCCAUUAUCCCCUUUGGCACCGGGACAGGGAUGGAAGGUGGAGUCAAUGCUAUACGGGGUGGCAUCUGCUUUAACCUCACUCGCAUGGACCGUGUCUUGGAGCUGAAUGCAGAUGACUUUUCAGUGACUGUGGAGCCUGGGGUUACCCAUAAAGCCCUUAACUCCUACCUGAGGGAUAGUGGUCUCUGGUUCCCAGUGGAUCCAGGAGCUGAUGCCUCCCUCUGUGGCAUGGCAGCUACUGGGGCCUCAGGGACCAAUGCUGUUCGGUAUGGCACUAUGCUGGAGAAUGUCAUCAACCUGGAAGUUGUGUUGGCAAAUGGGAAGAUCCUGUAUACCUCAGGUCAAGGCCGCCGAUUCAGGAAAAGCUCAGCUGGCUACAACCUGACAGGACUGUUUGUUGGCUCGGAGGGGACCCUGGGCCUCAUCACAACAGCAACACUACGACUGCAUGGCAUCCCCGAGGCCACUGUGGCAGCAGUCUGUCCCUUCCCUAGCAUCCAGGCUGCUGUCGAUAGCACUGUACAGAUACUCCAGAGUGGCGUGCAGGUGGCACGAAUUGAAUUCCUGGAUGACGUUAUGAUGGAUGCCUGCAACAAAUACAGUGGCCUGACCAAUGCUGUGGCUCCCACCCUCUUCUUGGAGUUCCACGGCUCCAAUCAAGGGCUGAGGGAGCAGCUGCAGAGGGCAGAGGAGAUCACCCAACAGAAUGGAAGUUCCCAUUUUACAUGGUCGAAGGAACUGGAGGAACGGAAACAGCUAUGGGCAGCUCGGCACAAUGCCUGGUAUGCCACCCUGGCUCUUAGGCCUGGCUGCAAGGGCUACUCUACAGAUGUCUGUGUCCCCAUUUCACGGCUCCCAGAGAUUAUAGUGGAGACCAAGGAGGACCUGAAGGCUUCUGGUCUCACAGGAACCAUUGUUGGGCAUGUUGGGGAUGGAAACUUCCACUGCAUCUUAGUGUUUAACACUGAGGAUGCUGAUGAACACCGCCGAGUGAUGGAGUUUGGGAAACGGUUGGGGAGGAAGGCACUGGCCAUGAAUGGGACCUGCACGGGGGAGCAUGGCAUUGGACUGGGCAAGCGCCAACUACUGAAGGAGGAAAUUGGUCCUGAAGCCAUGGAGACCAUGAGGCAGAUCAAAGCAGUCUUGGACCCCAAGAACCUCAUGAAUCCUGGCAAAGUGCUGUGAGGGCCCUCCAUCCUACUGCCUUAAUCGAUUCAGGGAUUUGGUGGGGUGGGGACUCUGUGUGACAAAGGCUUCAUCAUCUGAUCAUCACCUUUUACUUGGGCGAAAAUCUCACCUGAGUCCUGAGAACACUGGUUGAGGUCACUCCUAAGUGUCCCAGGGAGAUAGGAGGGCCAGAGGAGAGGGCUUACUGCUUACUGCUUUGGCUGGCUUGGCCCGGUCAGUUUGUCCAUCAUGAUUUUUCUCAGUAAACCUUUUAGAAUUA